CUCUGGCUCUGGGUGUCAGCUGAUCCUCCUCUGCUGGAGGAAAACAUUGGUGCUCGCUGGGAGAAACAUGGCGGCAGAGAUCCACUCCAGGCCCCAGGCGGCUCGGCCGGUCCUCCUCAACAAGAUCGAGGGACACUCGGACACCGUCAACGCGGCCGUUUUGAUACCGAAGGAGGACGGAGUGAUCACGGUCAGCGAGGACAGAACCAUCCGGGUGUGGCUGAAAAGGGACAGCGGUCAGUACUGGCCCAGCAUCUUCCACACAGUGUCCUCGCCGUGUUCCAGCAUGUCCUACCAUCAUGACAGCAGGCGCAUCUUCAUAGGCCAGGACAACGGGGCGGUGGUGGAGUUUCUCAUCUCUGAAGAUUUCAACAAGAUGAACCACGUUAAAACCUACCCAGGAGGACAGGUGGGGGACGUCCUGCUGGACCUGGGGGACAGGUGGGGGAUGUCCUGCUGGACCUGGGGGACAGGAAGCAUAGGAGCCCUGUGGUGGGACCCGGUCCAAAGGCUGCUGUUCUCAGGGGCCUCGGACCACAGCAUCAUCAUGUGGGACAUCGGGGGCCGGAAGGGACGGACUCUGCUUCUCCAGGGACAUCACGAGCGCGUCCAGGCGCUGCGUUUCCUCCAGUUCACCAGGCAGCUGCUGUCCUGCUCGGCCGACGGCGGCAUCGCGGUGUGGAACAUGGACGCCCGCAGAGAGGAGGCGCCGCAGUGGUUGGACAGCGACUCCUGUCAGAAGUGUGAGCAGCCAUUCUUCUGGAACAUCAAGCAGAUGUGGGACACUAAGACCCUGGGACUGAGACAGCACCACUGCAGGAAGUGUGGGAAGGCGGUGUGCGGGAAAUGCAGCUCCAAACGCUCCACCUUCCCAAUCAUGGGCUUCGAGUUCCCGGUGCGCGUGUGCGACGCCUGCUUCGACUCCAUCAAAGAGGAAGAUCGGGCGCCGCUGGCCACCUUCCACGAGGGGAAACACAGCAUCGCCCGCAUGGACAUGGACCCGUCCAGAGGCCUGAUGGUCACGUGUGGAAGCGACCGCAUCGUUAAGAUCUGGGACAUGACACAGGUGGUCGGCAGUGGCUUAGCAACAGGCUUCUCCCCGCGCUGAUUGGCUCGGACCACUACACCCCACCCCACAGCCCCACCCUCCUCUUUCUGCUUCCUGACGGUCGACAGAGACUCUGACUGAUGUGGACUUUUGUUCUGGUCUCAAACAGAACCCGAAGCACAAUGAAUGAAUGAAUGAAUGAAUGAAUGAAUGAAUGUCAGUGUGAGUGUGUGUGGCGGGGGGGCUAAUGUUUACACUGCAGUCAUCCCAUUACUCUUUGAUAAAGGUCUUUUUUCCCCAUAAAGCCUGACUUGCUGCUUCAAAGAGGAGCUAACAUCUAGCACCUAACGGCCGGGCGCUAACAUCUAGCACCUAACGGCCGGGCGCUAACAUCUAGGCGAUGGCGCUAUGAUCUUUGAGCUAACAUCUAAUAGUUAGUCGCUGGGCGCUAACAGCUAGGCAUUAACAUUUAAAAGUUAACAUCUAGGUGCUAACUUCCAGGGGCAAGCCGCUAAUGGCUAGGCACUAGCAACUAGGAGCUCACAGCUGAAUGCUGGCAUCUAAGAACUAACCAUUUGGGACUAACAUCUAGGAGCUAACUGCUGGGGGCUAUC